AUGGCGGACCCCAUGCUGGAGCUCUUUGACGACCCCCACCUGUUCGGGCUGGAGCCCCUCCCCCCCGAGGAGGAGCUGGGCCCCGGCGACUCCAAGCGCAUCACGCUGGUGCUGCAGCAGCCGGCGGGCGCGGCGGCGGCGGCGCCGGGCCAGCGCCACGUGCUGCAGGUGCAGCCGCCGGCCGCGCCCGGCCAGCCCGGCCAGCCCCAGAAGAUCCAGCUGAUCCAGCAGGCGGGGGCGGGGCCGCUGGGCGUGGCCCAGGUGCCGCAGGUGCUGGGCGGGGCCGGCCAGAGGCUGACGGUGCCGCUCAAGGUGGUGCUGCAGCCGCAGGCCGGCUCCUCCGCGGGCGGCUCCUCGGCCGGGCUCUCGGUGGUCAAGGUGCUGAGCGGCGCCGAGGUGACGUCGCCGGCGCCGGCGUCGCGCGGCGCGUCGGACGAGAGCCGCAAGCUGGAGCACCAGAAGAAGCAGGAGAAGGCCAACCGCAUCGUGGCCGAGGCCAUCGCCCGCGCCCGCGCCCGCGGCGAGCAGAACAUCCCGCGGGUGCUCAACGAGGACGAGCUGCCCAGCGUCCGGCCCGACGACGACGGCGAGCGCAAGCGGCGCCGGAAGGGCCCCGGCGAGCGCGGCGGCGCCAAGGAGGAGCGGCCGCGGCGCGGGAAGGGCCAGGGCGGCGGCAAGAGCAAGGGGAGGGGCAAGGCCAGCACCAUCACGCCGGUGGUGGGCAAGAAGCGCAAGCGCAACGCGUCCUCCGACAACUCCGACUCCGAGCUCCUCCCGGCGCCGUCCCCGCGCCGCGACGACGACGCCGGCGUCCAGAAGCGGCGCUCGAACCGGCAGGUGAAGCGCAAGAAGUACACGGAGGACCUGGACAUCAAGAUCACGGACGACGAGGAGGACGAGGAGCUGGACGUGACGGGGCCGGCGCGGCCGGAGCAGCCGCCGGCGCCGCCGCCCCCCGAGCCCGACGGCGACGCGCUGCCCUCCAUGCAGUUCUUCGUGGAGAACCCGAGCGAGGAGGACGCGGCCAUCGUGGACAAGGUCCUGUCCAUGCGCGUGGUCAAGAAGGAGCUGCCGUCGGGACAGUUGGUGGAGUCCGAGGAGUUCUUCGUCAAGUACAAGAACUACUCGUACCUGCACUGCGAGUGGGCGACGAUCGCGCAGCUGGAGAAGGACAAGAGGAUCCACCAGAAACUCAAACGCUUCAAGACCAAAAUGAACCAAAUGCGGCAUUUCUUCCACGAGGAUGAGGAACCCUUCAACCCCGACUACGUGGAGGUGGAUCGGAUCCUGGACGAGUCGCACAGCGUGGACAAGGACAACGGCGAGCCGGUGGUGUAUUACCUGGUCAAGUGGUGCUCGCUGCCGUACGAGGACAGCACCUGGGAGCUGCAGGAGGACGUGGACGAGGCCAAAAUCGCCGAGUUCAAACGGAUCCAGGCGCGGCACCCCGAGCUCAAGAGACAGCCACGCCCGCAGGCCGGGGCCUGGAAGAAGCUGGAGGCGUCGCACGAGUACAAGAACCACAAUCGGCUGCGGGAAUAUCAGCUGGAGGGGGUGAACUGGCUGCUGUUCAACUGGUACAACAGUGUACCCCAGGGCCGGCUGAUCCCAGGUGCGUACAAGUUCGACGCGCUGAUCACCACCUUCGAGAUGAUCCUGUCCGACUGUCCCGAGCUGCGCGAGGUGCAGUGGCGCUGCGUGGUCAUCGACGAGGCGCACCGCCUGAAGAACCGGCACUGCAAGCUGCUGGACAGCCUCAAACACAUGGACCUGGUGCAGAAGCUGCAGGCGCUGCUGAAGCCGAUGAUGCUGCGGCGGCUGAAGGAGGACGUGGAGAAGAACCUGGCCCCCAAGCAGGAGACCAUCAUCGAGGUGGAGCUGACCAACGCGCAGAAGCGGCUGUACCGCGCCAUCCUGGAGCGCAACUUCGCUUACCUGGCCCGGGGGGCGGGGCACGGCAACGUCCCCAACCUGCUCAACACCAUGAUGGAGCUGCGCAAGUGCUGCAACCACCCCUACCUCAUCAACGGCGCGGAGGAGCAGAUCGUGGCGGAGCUGCGGGCGUCGCUGCCGGCGCCGGCGCCGCCGGACCUGGCGCUGCAGGCGCUGGUGCGCUCGGCCGGGAAGCUGGUGCUGCUGGACAAGCUGCUGCCGCGGCUGCGCGCCGGCGGGCACAAGGUGCUGGUCUUCUCGCAGAUGGUGCGCUGCCUGGACAUCCUGGAGGACUACCUCAUCCAGAAACGGUACCCGUACGAGCGCAUUGACGGGCGCGUCCGGGGGAACCUGCGUCAGGCGGCCAUCGACCGCUUCAGCCGGCCGGACUCGGAUCGCUUCGUGUUCCUGCUGUGCACCCGCGCCGGGGGCCUGGGCAUCAACCUGACGGCCGCGGAUACCUGUAUCAUCUUCGACUCGGACUGGAACCCCCAGAACGACCUGCAGGCGCAGGCGCGGUGUCACCGCAUCGGGCAGAGCAAGGCGGUGAAGGUGUACCGCCUGAUCACCCGCAACUCGUACGAGCGCGAGAUGUUCGACAAGGCCAGCCUGAAACUGGGGCUGGACAAAGCCGUGCUGCAGUCCAUGAGCGGCCGCGAGGGCAGCAUCGCCGGGAUCCAGCAGUUCUCCAAGAAGGAGAUCGAGGACCUGCUGCGCAAGGGCGCCUACGCCGCCAUCAUGGACGAGGACGACGAGGGCGCCAAGUUCUGCGAGGAGGACAUCGAGCAGAUCCUGCUGCGGAGGAGCACCACCAUCACCAUCGAGAGCGAGGGCAAGGGCUCCACCUUCUCCAAGGCCAGCUUCGUGGCGUCCGAGAACCGCACGGACAUCGCGCUGGACGACCCCAACUUCUGGCAGAAGUGGGCCAAGAAAGCCGACCUGGACCUGGAGCUGCUCAACAGCAAGAACACGCUGGUCAUCGACACCCCUCGGGUGCGGAAGCAGACUCGCCACUUCAGCACGCUGCGGGACGAUGACCUGCUGGACUUCUCGGAGCUGGACAGCGACGACGAGCCCGACCGGCCGCGCCCGCGCCGCGGCCACCACGCCGGACACCACGCCGGACACCACGCCGGACACCACGCCGGACACCACGGCUCCGGCCACCACGGCUCCGGCCACCACGGCCAGCACGCGGCCGCGCCGCAGCCGUUCGGGAGGAGCGAGUGCGUCCGGGUGGAGAAACACCUGAUGGUGUUCGGGUGGGGUCGCUGGCGGGAGCUGACCGCCCAGCCGCGCUGCCCACGCCGCCUGUCGGAGCGCGAGGCCGAGCGCUUGAGCCGCGCCAUCGUCCUGCUGUGCCUGCGCCACUUCCGGGGGGACGCGGGGACGCGCGCCUUCGCCUGCGGGCUGCUGGCCGGAGAGCGCGGCUGUGGGGCGGCGCCGCGGGGCCGGAAGGGGAAGAAGGCCCAGAAGGUUCCGGAAGGUCCGGAGUGGCUGCGGCGCCACGAGCCCGAGGGGCUCCUGCCGGACGAGAGCUUCCGGAAACAUCUGCGGCACCACAGCGCCAGGAUCCUGCUGCGGGUGAGGACGCUGCACUUCCUGCGCCACGAGGUGAUCGGGGACGAGGCCGAGAAGGUUCUGGCCGGGGCCAGCGCCAGUGACGUGCACAUCUGGUUCCCGCUGCUGGAGCAGCUGGAGGUGCCCUCGGCCUGGUGGGACCCCGAGGCCGACAAAUCCCUGCUGCUCGGGGUCUUCAAGCACGGGUACGGCAGGUACCACAGCAUGCGCGCAGACCCCGCUCUCUGUUUCCUGGCCAAGGCCGGGGGUCCCGACGCCGCGGCUCUGGCGGCCGAGCAGCGCCUGGAGGGGCCCGAGGGGGCGGAUUUUGACAGAGACCCCGAGGACCCUGAGUACAAACCCCUGCAGGGGGGCGGAGAGGAGAGUGACCCCCUGGCCGCGCUGGACGAGGAGAUCUCGGUGGUGGACGGCGACGAAGGUAACGGCGGGGGCUGGACCCGGCGGGAACAGGCCGAUUUCCUGCGCGUGGCCUCCACCUUCGGGGUGGAGCUGGAGCCGGGCUCGGGCCGGUUCCGCUGGGGAAGGUUCCGGGCCUUGGCCAACCUGGAGCGGCGCUCGGACGAGGACCUGACGCGCUUCUACCACGGCUUCGUGGCCAUGUGCCGGCAGGUGUGCCGCCUGCCGCCGGCUCCUGGCGACGUGCCGCCCGCGCUGUCCCCUCCUCCCGUCCCGGUGUCGCCGGCGCUGGCGCUGCGCUGCCUGCGGCGCCUGGCGCUGCUGCGCUGUCUGCGCGAGCGGGUGUUGCCGCACCCGGCGCUGCCGGCGCUGCUGGCGCGGCUGCCGGGCCCCGGCUCGCUGCUGCCGCCCUGGUGGCUGCCGGGGGCGCACGACGCCCAGCUGCUGCGGGCGGCCGCUCGCCACGGCCUGCGGGGGGCGCUGCUGCGCGCCGCCCUCCGGCACCGCCGCGGGGACGGGGACGGCACCGGGAACGGGGACAACACCGGGGACAACACCGGGAACAGCACCGGGAAUAACACCGGGAAUAACACCGGGAAUAACACCGGGAAUAACACCGGGAAUACCGGGGACAACACCGGGAACGGGGACACCACCGGGGACAACACCGGCAGCCACCGGGACUACAGGCGGACAGCGGAGAUGGAGGAGGAGGAGCAACAACGGGACGUGGGGGGCCCGGAGCCGCUGGAGGCCGAGGAUGAGGAGGAGGAAGAGGAGGAGGAGGAGGAGGAUGAAGAGGGGGAGGACGAUGAGGAUUCCCCUCCCCCCUCGGGCGAGGGCGGCUCCCCCAAACCGCCCCUCCCCCACCCCGAGGAGGGGCUCAAAUUGACCUUCCAGAAACAUCGCCUGGGCCCCAACGGGGCCGCGCGGGGGCCGCCCCCCAAAAAGAACAGCAAGAAGCUGGUGGAGCUGGAGCUGCGCUGCCUCGAGGGGCUCCGGGACCCCCGGGGGGACCCCGAGGGCGUGGUGGCCGCCCCUCCCCCGCCCCGCGGCGACGGCCCCGAGUUCGCCGAGCCCCGGCUGCUCCCGGUGAGCCCCGAAAUCCCCGGAAUUGGCCCCAAACCCGCGGGGCCCGCCCCAAACCCGCCGGGAUUCACCCCAAAUCCUCUCUUCGCCCCCCCCCCCACAGUUCGUGGAGCAGCGGCGGGAAAAGUGGCACCGGAAAAAGGUUUGGACCUUUCCAAGAUGGUGGCGCUGAUGGGGGGCGGGGCCAGCGGCGCGGGGGGAGUGGCCUCGCCUUCCUUGGCCCCUCCCCCGCACUUCCGGCCCGAAGCGGAAGAGGAAGCGGAAGCGGGAAGUGGGUGCUGCCCCCUGCUGGCCGACCCCAUGCUGCCGCCCACUUCCGACUCGGAUUAA